GACAUAGCUAAAGCCUUGUUGUUCAGUCGUGGGUGGUGUGAAAGCUCUGAUAGCUGUAGAGAUAUUUUUUUUGUUAGUAGGUUUUUGUGUGUUUUUUUGUUUUUCUAUGAGUAUUUUUUUGUAGUUUAAGGGUGUUACCGAGCGCUCAGCAAGACGCUUCUUGACAUCGAAUGGAUGAGCGUACUUGGACUGAGUAGCACCAGAGAGAGCAGGAAAUUCGACAUCAUCAUCAACCAUGACAUGAUCGUCUUGGUCAAUUUGUUGUUGGUGUUGUUGUUGUUGCAAUUCGAUGAUUGUCUGUUGUUUUUGUUGUCUCAACAAUUGACGUUCAAGUUCAGCAUUCUUUGUUGCAUAAAGCUGCAAUUGGUUCUUGAUUAUCUUGUUUUCUCUUUCAAAUUCAGACAAUUUGUCCUGAAGAGACAAGAGCAUAUCUUUUAAAAGUGCAAUUUCCUUGUCGUUAAUUGCACCGUGAAUGGUGUUGUUGCUGUUGUUGUUGUUGUUGUUGUUGCUGUUUCUGUUGAUGAG